AUGAUGGCCGACCGUUCGGGACCUGUAGACACCUCAUACAGUGGCGACUCGCUAAUGGGUGUGUCGAUCGCCAUUGCAGUGUUCCAGGUGCUGAUUGUUGGGCUGAGGUUCUAUGCCCGCUUCAUACAACGAGUCGCACUCGCAUUAGACGAUUAUCUGAUUCUUCUUGCACUGCUUGCCAGUCUAGGACAAUCCGCGCUAUAUAUAGUCUUGCUGAGGGUCGCGGGGAUGGGAUACCACCUUCCAUAUGUUUUGCAGACUCCCGAGAAACUCGUCGCUCUACAGAAAGGCCUCGUUGCGAAUCAGAUCCUCGAUUUCCCUUUCUCGGUCACGCCCGCUAAGAUCUCCAUUUUAUUGUUCUAUGUGCGCAUCUUCAUCACUAAAAAGUUUCGCGUUCUCGCCGGCAUUGUGGGGGCGAUUGUCCUGUGUCAUGGCAUCGGCGUGUUCUUCGCCGCGAUCUUCCAAUGCUCGCCCGUCCAAUUUGCCUGGGACAAAGAGAUCCCGGGCGGUUCAUGUUUUAACCAGCAGGCCUUUUAUCGCUACGUGUCGCCGCCGAACAUCCUGACUGACGUGCUCAUCCUCGUCAUGCCGCUGCCGUUCGUCUGGCGGCUGCACACCCGCCUGACACAAAAGCUCGCCCUAACGGGCGUCUUUAUUCUCGGGGGCCUGGGCACGGUUGCUAGCAUCUUACGCAUGAGCAUAUUUUUCCAGGAGAACGCCUUGACGGAUCCAACCUGGGCCUCGGUCAACCUAGGAAUCUGGACAGUACUAGAAGGCGGCAUCAUCAUUAUCGCCGCCUGUCUCCCGUCGAUCUGGCCGCUGAUCGUGAGGGUCCUUCCCCGCGGCCUGAUGAGCAAAGCGGCCUCGCAGGAUCGCGGCCACCGGUACACGACCAGCCAUGCCAAGCCCAAGGGCGCGGACGGGUUCGCCCGCCUCGGCGCGCACGGGGCUGGAGAGACGGAUAAAUGGCCCCUCGAGGCGAAUCCUUCGCUCGAGAACCAGAGCAUUUCUACCCACGAGCCAGCGCUAGGCAACGCGGAGAGUAUCUCGCUUCGGAGUAUCCAUGAGAUUCGCCAGGAGCCGAGAUUU